AUGUCUCGCAGGGAAUCUCCCCCGCCGCCCUCGCCAGAGCAACUGCUUGUAGUGAGGAGGCGGGAGGUGAAUUGCGACGAACGUCCGGAGCGCACCGAGCCGCUGUCCGACGUUGAGAGGGAGAUCAUCCAGGACACUUGGGGGCACGUUUACAAGAACUGCGACGAUGUGGGGGUGUCUGUGCUCAUAAGGUUCUUUGUGAACUUCCCAUCUGCCAAACAGUAUUUCAGCCAGUUCCAGGACAUGGAGGACCCUGAGGAGAUGGAGCGAAGCUUCCAGCUUCGACACCACGCUCGUAGGGUGAUGAAUGCCAUCAAUACUGUGGUGGAGAACCUCAAUGACCCAGAGAAGGUGUCAUCAGUGUUGGCUCUGGUGGGGAAGGCUCAUGCUAUCAAGCACAAAGUGGAACCUAUGUAUUUUAAGAUACUGAGUGGGGUCAUGCUGGAGGUGCUAUCUGAAGAUUUCCCGGAAUGCUUCACGGCUGAAGUGCAGAUGGUGUGGACCAAACUCAUGGGUGCCGUGUACUGGCAUGUGACAGGGGCCUACACAGACGUGGGCUGGCUCCAGGUCUCCAGCUCAGCCGUGUGA